AGAAGUUUCAGAAAAUGAUCAAAGUUCAAAAAAAAGUGUAUAUGUAAAAUUUGCCUUAUUGUGGAGGGCAUCAUCUGAUGUUUAUGAUUUUGCUUCAGAUGUAAGUACAAAAUGCUUAACUGACGGUCUGGUCAACGCUUCUUGGGAAGGGUUUUGCCCGCGAAUUGAGAGUCUCCAAAAAACUUUGGAUUUCUAUGGGCAGUCAGGAGUAAUACACGGAACAAUAACAGUAGAAAAUGAAUGUGAAGACAAAGAAAUUUAUUUGUUUGGUCAUCGAAUGAGAUAUUUAGGAAAACUAUUUUCACAGGAGGAGUUUGAUUUUUAUCAUAUUUUGGGAUACACCAAAAAGUCUGGUACUUACUUGCAUCUUGGAAAUAUUACAUCAUCAACAGCAAAAGAUUUUUCGUUCGGGUUUGUUGUCCAAUCUGAUGCUGAUUUGAAAAGUAUUCAAAAGGCUGCGGUUGCAAUUUCUCAGUCAGAAUCAUAUGAUAUAGGCAGCGUACAAGCUAAUUAUCACACUGAUGCAUUUUCUUAUGACCUUAAAGGACUUAUUUCCAGUUCAGUUCUUUCGAGCGAAAGAUCGUCUCAAAGCAUUUACCUGAAAAGAUUGGAAAUCGAUUUAAAUGGUGAGAAAGGAUACGGAAUUUUACUGAAAAGACAGAACCCAAAAGAUGCAGAAAGCAUGUUUAUGAAAGAAAAAGUUCGGAGAAAACCAUCAGUAAUUCCUGCAGUUCUCCCAUUCAAAGAAGAUUUAUGCCAAGCAAUUGAUAUAACCGGUGGAAAAGGGUCGUCUUUAGGAAAACUCAUGGAAUUAAGUGAAUCACUGAACAAAUUUAUAGUGCCAGAUGGUGUUGUUAUUACUACUUCAGCAUAUUCAAACUUUCUUACUAAAAAUAUUGAAGCUAAAAUAAAAGAUCUAGAAGAAGUAUCAUACAAAAACCACGCAGACCGAGAACAGGUGGCAGAAGCUUGCAAAAGCUUGAUGGAAGUGAUUAUUGGAACAGAGUUUUCUGCUGAGCUUCAAGAUUCAAUCAAAGAAAAAUUGCUAAAGCAUUUUGGGCAAAAUCUACAUUCCAGAAAAUAUGCUGUUCGUUCAUCGGCAACAGGUGAAGAUACCGAUCAAAUGUCUGCAGCUGGGCAAAUGGAGACGUUUUUGGGUGUAGCUGGAAUAGAUGAGAUCCUUCUGGCUAUAAAGAAAUGCUGGGCGUCUCAAUUCAGUUUCAUCGCUACUGAAUAUAAAAGACGUUAUGGUCAAAGCUAUAACUCUCCAAUGGCUGUUGUUGUUCAAGAAAUGAUACCUUGUGAUGUUGCUGGGGUGUUAUUUACAUGUGAUCCACUAACAGGAAAUCCCACAUUAAUGUCUAUAACGGCUAACUAUGGUCUUGGUGAGUCUGUUGUAUCAGGUUCGGAGGAGCCGGAUAUGAUCUACUUAAAAAGAGAUGAGAAUGACACACUUCACGUUAAAUCUAUAGACAUAGGAAAGAAGAAUCGAAAAAUUAUUGUAGACGAUCAUGGAACAAGUGCAGAAAAUGUGUCAGAAAACGAACAAAAUAUUUGUUCCCUUUCUGAAGAAAUGAUAAUGCGUUUAGGAUACGUUGCAAUUAAGAUUGAAAAGCAUUACCAUUCUCAUAGAGAUUUAGAAUGGGGUUUCUUCAAAAACAAUUUGUAUAUUUUUCAAUCAAGACCUGUAACAUGCAGUACCAAAGAAACAACUUACGAAAUCGAUCACGAAUUUGAUGGACCUCUAAGAGUGGAAAAUGACUUUCAUUCAGUGUCAAAUGCUGGAGAAGUCAUGCCAAAAGGGCUUAGUCCAUUGUCAUUGGAUCACACGUUAAAAAAUGUACAACUAUUAACGAAUAGUGCUGAGAAGAAGACAAUUUUUCAACUUAAAGGAAAAGCUAUAUACUUUCGUAAAGGUUUCGUACUCAUGUACAAUCAUUUCAUGAUGAACGUUGCCGAUGUAUUUCCAUUGAAAGAAAAAGAAGAAAUAUCUGGCUUGAAGAAAGCAACGCUCAUAGCUUUAUUCGGCAGAGUACCUGAUGUUGAGGAGAUGUAUCAAGUAUGUCGGGAUAGAUACGGAUUGAUUCCUGAGGCUAACCCUCUCUUAACAAUGAAAAUGUUGAUAACAACUAUGCUUCAAACUGGAAACAUUGUUAGAGAUUGUUCCAAAACUAUUUCAAAGUACAGCUUAUCAGUUGAAAAGUAUAAUACUUCAAAUGAACUCUUCGAUGCUAUAUUAUAUGCCUGCACAGAUCUUGCUCCGGUAACUUUAUGCCACACAAUUAGUUCCCAGACUUCUUCAUUAUUAAAUCUGAUAGUUCUGAUGAUUCUUGGAGCAGGCCAAGGUGAUGUUGGGGAAAGAGUUUACAAUGAUUUUGGAAAAUUGUUAAAAACCGGGAUUGAUGUUGAAAGUGCUGAUGUUCCUUCUGCUACACAGAGUAUAGCAUUUCAUAUCGGAAAAGAAAUGAAACCAGAAGAUUUCAAAAAGAUGUCAGUUCAGGAAGCUCUAAACUGGCUGCAAACAUCUUCAACUGUGGCAGGAGAAAAGUUUAGACAGUUCAUCGAGAAGCAUGGACAUAGGUGCUUACAAGAGUUUGACCUGCAUUCAGUUCGUUGGAGAGAAAAUCCUGAAAUACUAAUAAAAUUAUUACAGAGCCUUGUCGGUAAUGUAUCGAAUGUUACUACUGAAAACAAUUCUGAUAAUGUGGAUGAUUUGCUCUCAGGACUAUCUGUGCAAUUAGGAACCUUUGCAAAAUUCUUUUUAAAAUGGAUUCUGCCUUUUACAAGAAGAGGUGUCCAAUAUCGAGAAACAUCAAAAUCCUUGUUUAUAAAAGGUUAUGAUGAGUGGCGUAAAGGCUGGAAAAGAAUGGGCCAGUUAAUGGUAGAAGAAGGAAGGAUACCAGAUGAAGAUUUAUUAUUUUUCAUGACAGUCGAUGAAAUUCAGCAUCUCUUGAAGACAAGGUCGCCAAACGUAAUCGCCAGAGCAAGUCAAAGGCGAAAGAGAUUUGCAAUAACGUCCGAAUACCGAUUUCCAGAAAUAAUGAAAGGCAUUCCGAAACCAAUGGAAUACUCGACAGAAGAUAUUGUCAUCAACGAGAUUAACUUUUCUAUGAAAGGAAUACCUGUUAGUCAAGGCGUCGUAAAAGGUUUCGUUCGUAAAGCAAUGACUUUGGAUGAAGCAGCUCAUAUAAAACCAGGAGAAAUUCUACUCACAUAUUCUACAGAUAUCUGCUGGUCGCCUUAUUUUCCUUAUCUUGCGGGAGUUGUGACGGAACUAGGUGGCCUUAUAUCACAUGGAGCUGUUGUAAGUCGUGAAUAUGGAAUCCCUUGUAUAGCUGGACUACAUGGAGCAACAAAGCACUUUCAAACAGGUGACUACGUUAUUUUGGAUGGAAAUAAAGGAAUAUUGCAAAAGGUGCAGCCUCCAGAAAAUUGAAAUUCUCUUCUUUUGUUUACUCAAGAACUUUAUUUAUUAAGACACACACACAGACAAACUUUUAACUUUAUUAGAGAUAUUUCAAUGUGACGUAUGAAUUCAAAGAUUAACAUGUUCGUUCUACGAAAAUAAACAAAUAUUUAGUUUCUGUUAA